AUGGACCGACUUGGUCCACUUCGUCAUCUCAUUCAGCAUCAUCCGAUCAUCGACAACCAUGCACACAACCUGCUGAACCGGGAGUCCGCCACCGACUAUGACAACUACCCACUGGAAGCCAUUACAUCCGAAGCCCACGGUCAGGCUUUGGAAAACGCCCGCACUACUUUGCCCUUGCUGAGAGCCACGAACCAGCUUUCUGAGUUGUAUGGCUGCCCCUGUGAAAACUGGGAUGAUGUCCAGUCAGCCCAUGACCGAUGGGUCCGAGAGGACUACGACGGAUUGAUCCGCCGAUCUUUGGAAGGAACCCAUGCACUUCUAUUAGAUGACCUUCUUGGCGACGAUGAAGACGUCGAAAAUUUUGACUGGCAUGAUAGCUUCACUGUCUCAACUACGAAGCGCAUUGUCCGCAUUGAAGCAGUAGCGGCGGAUUUGAUCCUUCAGCUGGCAAGUAGCGAGCGCAAGGCUGGAGAAACGGUUUGGAACAAUUUCCGCCAGCGAUUCCAGAAUGCCCUUUCGGAGGCAAUGGAAGACCCCAAUGUUGUUGGCUUCAAAUCGGUUGUGUGUUACCGUACAGGGUUGGACGUGGAUCCUUAUUCCUCCGAUGAUACUACAUUGGCAGGCUCACUUGUGCGCACUCUUGAUUCUGGGACUACAAGGUCUGGCUUCCGAGUAGAGGAUAAGCCAUUGAAUGACUGGCUGGUCCAGCAAACAUUGAAAGCCAUUUCGUUCAAGAAAAUGGCCGGUGUUGUGAAACCCUUGCAGUUUCACACGGGUCUGGGUGACGAUGAUAUCAACCUGGUGCGAGCUAACCCGGCAUAUUUGCAGCCGCUGAUUGCCCAGUAUUCGAAGGCAGAUAUCGUUCUGUUGCACUCGGCAUAUCCUUACACUCGGGAAGCAGGUUACCUGGCCUGUGUGUACCCCAAUGUCUACCUAGACCUUGGCGAGGUAUUUCCCAUGGUCAGCCGAGACGCUCAGGAAAAUAUCUUGCGACAGAGUUUAGAGCUCACCCCUGCCAGCCGUUUGCUCUGGAGUACGGAUGGGCACUUCCAUCCGGAGACGUUCUGGCUGGCCAAUCGUCAGUUCCGUCAGGCUCUCGAGACAGUAUUGGUGGACUAUGUCCAAAAGGGCGACUAUAAUACCCCGCAGGCCAUCAAAGUCGCUGCCGACAUUCUUUUCCAUAACUCCAAUCGCCUUUACGGACUGAAAAUGACCCCAGAGUACACACCUGCCAUUCCUUCGGGCACGCUGUCAACAAACCAAACCAAACCACCAACGAAAUCCGAUGCACUGGAUGUAUUUAUUCACGCAAAUCCGGAGGUCGAGUACGUCUGGAUGCAAUGGAUUGAUUACACCGCCACAGUCAGAGUACGCAUGUUCCCAAUUGACGAUUUCACCCAGAUCGCCAGACAGCAAAGGCGAAUUGGGAUAUCGGUCGCAGCAGUCUCCAUACUGCAAGAUGAUACAGUCACCCUGGAUGGAUCCACCGCGGGUCAAUUGUACCUCGAACCCGAUCUCAGCAGCCUCUGCCUCAAUGGAAGUAUGACAAAGCCUGCUGCACCAAGCGCAACAGUCAUGGCCUUCUGGGAGUCAGAAGCGAACGAGUCACUCGAUGUUUGCCCACGAAGGACCCUACAAACAAUAGUGAACCAACUCCAAGCAGAGAACAACAUCACCGUUCAAUGUGGUCUAGAAAUCGAAGUCGUGUUCCUCACCCCAACGAAAGGGCAAACCGGCAAAACAGCCUAUACACCAGCAACAACCAACCAUUCCUGGUCCCAAAUGACAUCAGACACGCGACGCCUUGUCCCUCUCCUGGAAGAGAUCCACCGCACCCUGGCAUCCAUUGGUAUCUCCCUCGAACAAUUCCACGCCGAGUCCGCACCGGGCCAAUUUGAAUUCAUCCUUCCCCCUCUCGCACCUCUCGCCGCAGUCGACUCUCUCAUCGCAGCUAGACAAGUCAUCACAGCCGUCGCAGAGCGUCACGGUCUCCGCGCAACGCUUCAUCCCCGUCCUAUCCCCAAUGGCCAGGGUAGUGCUGCGCACGCCCACGUGUCCAUCUCUCCUCCCACCCGUGAAGAGAACUUCCUCGCCGGAGUCCUCACCCACUACCCGGCGAUCAUGGCUUUCACUCUCUCCCAAGAUGCAAGCUACGACCGUAUUCGCGCGGGUAUCUGGCCCGGCUCAGAAUGGGUCGCGUGGGGCUUCCAGAACCGCGAAACGCCAGUUCGAAAGAUCGGGCCCGGUCACUGGGAAAUUAAAUCUCUUGACGGGCUGGCGAAUCCGUAUUUUGCUAUCGCUGCUAUUCUCGCUGGUGGUUAUUUGGGAUUGAAGGAGAAUACCCCGCUGACUAUGGGGGAGUGUACUGCUGACCCGUCUACUCUUUCUGCCGAUCAACUCUCGGCACUUGGUGUCACGACUCCGCUGCCUAAGUCCCUCGCUGAGAGCCUUGAAGCGCUAGGCGGCGAUGAAUCUCUGAAGGCUCUGCUGGGACCGGAGCUUGUCAGGAACUAUACUAUCGUUAAACGGGCUGAAUCGGCUCGUUUGUUGUCCAUGCCGGAAGAGGAACGCCGCCUGUGGCUUCUCGAGCGGUAUUAA